AUGGACUCGGCCGAGCUUGUCGUGGUGGCCUCGCCGUUCGCAAACCUCGCACCCCUCUACGAGGUUGACCCGGAUGCUGACACGCUGCUCAUUGUGCCGCCUUCGGCGCAGCCCUUUGCACCAUGGGACAGGCAUCAGAUCAAUGGGGUAAAUGGUAACCACGAGGCAACAGCGUCUCGGUCGGGACUGCGCAUCAAGGUCUCUUCCAGACACCUCGCCCUUGCAUCGCGCAUAUUCAAGACCAAGCUGCAGUUCGGCGGCUCCAAAUCCACACGCCAGGCAGAUGGCCGCAUCCAUCUCCAGCUGGCUGAGGGCUUCGAUGGCGAGGCAGUCAGCAUCGUCAUGAACGCAAUCCACAGCCGUGGGUCCAAAGUCCCAAAGUCCGUCAGUGUCGAAACCCUGUCACAGAUUGCCCUCUUCGUGGACCGCUUCCAGCUGCUCGACGCCGUCGAGGUGUACGCCGACCGAUGGAUCUCGAAGCUCGAGUUGAGCAUCCCGACCACCUACAACCGCGACCUCAUUCUAUGGCUGUAUAUCAGCCACGUCUUCCGCCAGCCAGAGAUCUUCAAAUCCGUCACCAAGACCGCCGCGGUCCACGCCCCAGGGCCCAUCCAAACUCUCAACCUGCCCAUCCGUGAGAAGAUCAUCAAGCACAUCGAAUCCCAACGCCACAACCUCCUCACCACCGCCCUCUCCCGCCUCCACCAAACCCUCGACGACCUCAUGACCCCUUCUUCUCCCUCCUCCUGCCCCGCUCCGCACAACUGCGACUCGCUCCUCCUAGGCGAAUUGAUCAAAUCCCUGCAAGGCCAACAUCGCCUCGUCUGGCCGCGCCCCGCCAAGCCGUUCGCGGGUAUCAGCUUCGCCACGACCGUGCUGGAAUCCGUGCACGCCGGCAUGAGGCUACACCGCCAGCGGCGGGAGCAGGAGGUUUCCGAGCGGGAGAGGGAGUUUACUAGUAGUAAUGCUACUAAGCGCGAGGUGGAGCCUUGGUAUAUGCGCGGUGUACAUACUGCGGCGGGUCAGCAGCAGCAGGGUCCAGUGACGCCGGGGAGUCCACUGGGGGUUGGGAUUGGGCCCGGGGUAAAGCCACCCAGUUGGGGCGUUGUUGGGGGGAGGUUUCCCGUUACGCCUGCUGCGUCGCCGGAGCCGGUUUAUAGGAGUACUUCUGGGGUUGGGCGGGCUGAGGGGCAUGAGUGUGGUGUGGAGAGGGUGGUGCAGAGGUUGGAGGGGUUGGGAAGGUUGGCGGAUGAGGUGGACGGGUUGGUGCUUGAGGGGAGCUUGGGCUAUAGGGUUUAUUGA